UUGGAUAUUGGAACCAAUGAAAUUCAUCGUUAUGACGACGAAUAACAUGAACUUUCAAAACGGAAAUGGAUACAUCGAAAAGUCCAAAGGUCUUUAUUGCUAAUGUUAACAGAUACGAUGAAUGUAAUAUCGCACAGUUCUUGACACAAUUCACAGUGGGAAAAUCCUCAAAAAAGGAAGAUGAAGAGGCUAUGGAGCAGGAAAACGAAGAGGAAACCAAGCCAUCAGGUGUUAUUCAGGGAUAUACAGUAUACGGCACUUUAGAUGAAGGGAUAGAACACGCUCCAGAUUUCGUUAAUAUUAUUGCGGUGGUAAGUCCACAAAACAGAAUAAAAAGCUCUUUUUAUUCUUACUUAUUUGUGAAUUGAAGAAACACUAUAGAAGCAACAAUUUAU